AUGCCUCUCCUCAGCCAUGUCAACAACCCCACAGCUGUUGUUGCACUGGAGGAAUUCAUCAAGGGCUAUCUCAAUGACCAGCACCAGUAUCUUCAUGGCCAUAACACCAUCCAAAUCAAGUCCCUCAAUGGCACUGCUGCCAAGAGGUGUGAUAGCUUCAAGAAUACCCCUCAAUACAAACUGUGGCACAAGCAGCUGAAGCGCAAUGCUCUCAAUGAAACUGCAUACCAAAAGCACAAGGUCAUGUACAAGAAGCCUGUUGUCAGUGUUGGAUGGGUGGAGUGCAAGAUAUGCACUCAUGCUGUGGGAUCAUUGACCUGUGACCAACUCAAGCUCUACCUCAAACACCACAAGAUCAAGAUCAAGCCCAGCAAGCAUGCAGACUUGUUGAAGCAGGCCAAAGAUCAUGUGCUUGGGUGA